AAUUCUGCUGAUGAAAACAUUUCAUUUUCCAUUCUAAAUUUCUAUAAGGUCAGUACCAAAAUGGAGGCGAUUCUGGUCACUUUGGCUCUGCUAGCUGCUCUAGUCUACAAAUAUUUGACCUGGCAUCAUGGUGUAUUUAAGAAGUUGGGCUUGGACGGUCCUAAGCCAAAUAUAUUUUUGGGGAAUUUUCCCAGCGCGAUAACUGGCAAGCAACCACUUGUCUAUGAUGCCGAUGAGAUCUAUAGCAAAUACAAGAAGACUCAUCGCGCCAUUGGCGUCUUCAUGACACGAAAUCCACAAAUUCUGAUUCUCGACCCAGAAUUGGCCCAGGAUGUUUUGGUGACAAACUUUGGCAAGUUUCGCGGCAAUUUAGCAGCAGAGUGGAUUUAUGACAGAAACUUGGACAAACUGGCUGCGGUUAGUCCAUUUUUUACGAGUGAUGAUUCAUGGAAGACGAAACGUUUCGAAGUUGUUUCAGGUUUAACGCAAAAUAAGCUUAAUUCGGCAUUUCCAAUCCUAAAAGACUGUGCAGGGAAGUUAUGCAAAUAUCUCGAAAAAAGAACUGCGCAAGGCAACGCGGUCAUUGAGACCAAAAAUCUCGGCUUAUGCUUUGUCUCGAACGUGUUGGGCGAAUUUCUGUGGGGCAUUGAAACGAAUACGCUUGCCGAACCAGAUGAACCAAAUAUUUAUCUGCAAAUGCAGACCAAGUGGUUACAAUUUAUUUUUAAAUCAUUGGACAACUAUUUUAAGUUGCUACCAUUACCUUGGCUCCGCCGUUUUGCACAAAAGCGUUUAUUCCCGGAAGAAACUAACCGUUUCUUUUCGCAACUAACAAAAGAUACGCUCGAUUUGCGAGCCAAGGAUACAAAUAGUCAGAGUAGAGCCGAUUUUCUGAACCAUCUGCGACAAUUGCUGGAAAAGAAGAGUUUAUCACACGACGAUAUAGUCGGGCAUAUAUUGACCACAAUGCUAAAUGGCUUCGAAACCUCGGCCACAGUGCUCUUCCACACAGUAUUCUAUUUAGCGCAUCAUCCGGAAUAUCAAGAGAAAUUACGUGCUGAAAUAUUGGAGAAUAUUGAAGAGGAUGGUUUUGUGAGCUACCAAAAAUUGUGUAACGUUCCAUAUUUGGAUCAAUGUUUUAAUGAAUCUCUACGCUUGAUUACCGUCGUCUCCUUUUAUGCGCGCAUUUGCACGGAACCCACGGAACUUGAUGUAGGUAAUGGCCAUUUAAUACCUAUUCGUGUUGGCGAUGUGGUCAGUGUGCCCAUAUUUAGUUAUCACCAUAAUCCCGAUUAUUUUCCAAAACCAUUUGAAUUUAAUCCGGACCGAUUCAACAAUGCGGCACACGUCGACCUAAUAAAAAAGGGCAUAUUCAUGCCAUUCGGUAGUGGACCGCGAAUAUGUGCGGGAAUGCAUUUGGGUACAGCGGAGGUCAAGACGUGUCUCGUGGCUAUAUUCAAGUCUUAUCGUGUCAAGUGUUGUGCAAAAACAAUACCUGAAACGCGACCCGAGUCGCCCACGUUCAUAAUGGGCAUUGAUGGCGAGUUUUGGUUAGAGUAUGAGAGGCUAUAAUCUCCGUUAAGUAGAGAAGGAGAUAUAGUUACUGUCCUGUAUAUUUUAUUCUAAUUUUAAGCAAAGCAUUCAUUAAGCAAAAUUUGUUAGACGUAUUUCGAUAUUAAUAAAUAUAUUUUAGGCAAUAACAUUUUUGUUGAUAAAAAUAAAUAUAUUCCAUUUAAGAAAGAGAUGGAAUCUUGUUAAA